AUGAGUCGGGGUGCGGGCGAGCCGGCGCGGGCUCGUGACGCAGACCAGGCCCCCGCGCCGGCUCAAGCGCGCUCUAGCUCUGACCACUACCCUCCCCCCUCCCCUCGUUUCUGGGCGACCAUACGCAGCGAAGCAACGGCUGUAAAGCGAGGCUGUAACACGGGCCGGUGCGGAGCGGGCGGCCGGGAGCCUUACCUUCUCCCAUUACGGCGGAGGUGCGCCGCCCAAGAUUGCUUCGCCGCCAUCCGUGUGGGA